AUGCUGCCGGCCUUUCGGCUGGAGCUCAAGACGCCAAUCCUCCCUGGCCUGGUCUGCGUGGGCAAGUUUGACGGGCAGAAGACGCCGUCGCUGGUGUGCGCGACCGCCGCGGGCAAGCUGUUCUGUCACACCCCAGGCGAGGCGCGUCCCGGCGAGGAGCUCCGCUACCUCAACAUCAACCGGAAGGUUUCGUCACUCGCCUCGGGCCGGCUCGACCCAUCGCUCGGUCGCGACAUUCUGCUUGUGGGCACGCCGACAGCGCUGCUGGCUUACGACAUUGCAGAGAACCGCGACGUCUUCUUUCGCGACGCGCCCGACGGCGCCAACGCAAUUGUGGUGGGCCAGCUCGCGGGGACUGGCGCGGCGCUCGCACUGGUCGGCGGCAACUGCUCCAUCCAGGGCUUAACCGAUGCGAGUCGACCGCGCGGCGCGCGGCUACGCGCGUGGCUCGACCGUGGCGGCGACAACUGGUGCAGGAUCGAGUUGCCGCCCAUGCACCCACAGGACUUCGACGUGCGGUGGGAGCCUCCAGUUUACGGCUCGCCGGUCCGGAUCUACCUCUCGCCCUCCACCAACGCCUCGUCGGCAGGCCCGCAGCCACCUCUCGCUAGCACCGCGUGGCCGCAGCUCCGGGUCGGCGGCGCGUCGCCGGACCAGCCGCUCUUCGUGCUCAACGCGCCGUACGGGAACCUGCGGAACCAGAUUGAGAAGGGGCAUCGCGUGGGCCGCGCAAAGUCCGGGCUCGGCUCGGGCCACAAAGUCGCCAACGCGUACUUCCACCUCCGAGCGAUCCAGUACACACCUCGCCACACACGCCGGUGCCUCGCCGCGAGGUGCCACCCGUGCCUCCAGCGCAUCGGCGUCCACGCCGCCGCCGUGUUCGAGGCGACCCCGCCGACUGCACGUGACGAUGUCGAGUACGUGCAGGGCAGCUCGCCCGGCGAGGCGGCCACGCUGCCGCAGCUGCUCCACGCCGCCGCCGCGCAGACCCGCGCCCGGGAUGGAGUGACUAAGCUGCAGCUCGGCGUGGGGAACGCCGGCUCGGGGCAGGAGGUGAACGUGGCCAGCCGGAAGGCGUGCGCUGCACCGCGCUGCCCGCGCCUCACGCACACGCAUCCGCGGGGCGUGGGCACCGACGUGUACCCCGUCAUCGCCGCGCUGCAGCGGGCCAUCUUUGAGAAUGCGAAGAACCGCAGCCGGAUGCGCGCGCGCACGCUCGCAGGGAGGCGCGACUCGCUGACACACAUGGCUGCCGCGCUUUUGGUGCAGGCGGGACGGGAUGCCGCGCAAGGCCACACAUUAGGUCUAGAGCCGUAG